CCUUUAUGGGGUUUCCGCUUCAAUUAUUUGCCCCGAGAGGUCAUUGACUCCGGCAAAUCCUUUGCCCCUUCUUCUGCCGCCGUCGCAGCCACCACCACCGCCGGCAAAUCCUCUUACCUUCUCGCUUUCCGUCGACGUAUCUUCCCCCUUCCCUCAAUAUAGUAUCAGUACGACAAUUUUCUGAAGGCUCGGCGAUUACCGAGAGCAGGGCGACGCAUCUAUCCUCAGAAUGAAGGCAGGCGUCUCGCAGGCGCCGGGGGAUUACGUCUACUUCAAGUCGCAAGUACCUCUCCACAAAAUCUCCAUUGGUAACAAGCAAUGGAGAUACUAUGACUUUGGUCCUAAAUCAGUGCCUCCUCUUAUUUGCAUCCCUGGAAUUGCAGGAACUGCAGAUGUCUAUUACAAACAGAUAAUGUCACUUUCCAUAAAGGGUUACCGAGUGAUUUCAGUUGAUAUACCGCGCAUUUGGAAUCACAUGGAGUGGGUUCAGUCAUUUGAGAAAUUCCUGGAUACGCUUAGUAUCUAUCAUAUACAUCUUUAUGGAACUUCACUUGGUGGAUUCCUUGCAUUAGUCUUUGCGCAACAUCGACCAAGGCGAGUUAAGUCGCUUGUUCUUUCAAACACAUUUUUGGAGACGCACAAGUUUGCAGCUGCCAUGCCAUGGUCUCCUAUUGUUAACUGGACGCCUGCUUUUCUGUUGAAGCGAUACAUCUUAUCAGGAAUCCGUGAUGGUUCACAUGAACCAUUCAUUGCUGACUCUAUAGAUUUUGUUGUUGGCCAGGUGGAGAUUUUAUCAAGUGAUGAUUUAUCCUCAAGGCUAAAGUUGAAUGUUAAUGCUGCAUCAGUUGGACCUCUUUCGCUCUCAGAUUCCUUCAUCACAAUCAUGGAUACAAAUGACUACUGUGCUGUUCCUCAGCAGCUGAAAGAUCAAGUGAGUGAAAGGUUUCCUGGAGCUAGGCGAGCCAUACUGAAGACAGGUGGUGAUUUCCCUUUCCUUUCUCGUCCAGAUGAGGUGAACCUAUACCUUCAGCUCCAUCUAAGACGAGUAGGGGUUGAAGCACAGCUAGAUAAUCAACCAGGAACUUCGAAAGAUGAUGGUGCUGAUCAGUCCACUGAUGAUAACCAGGGGGGAAACAAUUUUGACAGUCUUCCUGGACAAAGAAAUGACGGAGCUAAUGAUGGUGCCUAUCAACCCAAAACUUCUGGACAAAAUGGGGAUAACAAUGGUUCUGAUGAAACCAAAUCAUCGGGCCCUAACACAGACAACACCAGUGGAAGUGUUUUAAGCAGUGAAGACAUUGGCAUCAUGAAGGAAUUCAUGGCCUUCCAACUGCUUGUCCAAGCAUCGCUCUUCCCUGUAAUUCUGCAACACCAAAUGGGUGCAUUCUCUGUCAGUUGUAAAAUGUUGUUCAAUGUUUAGAGACUUUGUUUAGCAUACAAAUUUCUUGUGCAGUUGUAGUUAUGGGUUCAUACAUACAAGUAAUUACAUGAAUUUGUUUUAAAAAACAUGCUCUGAGAAAAAUGUGGUGAGCUCAUUUCAGUCG